UAAGUGUUUAGAAAAUCAGUUUAACUUCUGGUUAGAUUCCAUGGCUUGAAUAGGAACAUGAAGUUAAUCGGACAAAUUAAAGCAUGAUUAUAGUGGGAUAUGUACCUAAUAAGGAAUUUUAACUAAUUUUGUCCUUAGAUCAUUGACAAAGAGAUUUCAACAAAGCAAACAUUUUUAAACACACAAACUGAGGUUUCUUACUAAUAUUUAAAUUAAAAGUUAUAAUGUGGCUUUAUUUUAGAGGACAUUCAUUAGUUAACCACACUAGUAGCUACUAUGUAGCUUUGAAAUCUCAUACUUACCUAUACUAUUAAAGACAUUGGGAGCAAUUGGAUGAUUUUGAGCAGGUUAGUAACAAAGUUUACAGUUUACUCAUUCUUUUUGCUGUGCUAGGGAUUGAACCUGGUCUUGCACAGGACAGGUGAACACCCUGAUUUCUGAAAUGUGUUUAAAGACUAUUAUAACCUGGACACUUGAAGAGGUCUUUAUAUGGGCUGUAUAGCCUGAUCACCAGCCUAAUCAAGCCUGAGAGGUGUAGCUUUCGCUCUUCAGCAGAGUCAAGCCUGAGAGAUGCAGCUUUCUCUCUUCAACAGAGAAGCUUAAUUUUGCAGCAUGUGGAGGCCACUACAGAGACCCACGGCUGAUGAAAAUCAGAAAGUGAGUGAGUGUGACGUGCCUAAAGCCGAUUGGUCUAUCUACAACCCCUACAUUUAAGGCUCAGGGAAAAUCGUAGAUGAUGGAUCAGAAAGAUGAUGAGAGCCCAGAGAACCAGAUUGCCUGCUGCAAGGACAUGACCCAGAAGCUGAACCAUGACAUCUCAACAAUAUGAUUACCUAAACAAGACCUGCAUAAUGACACCAUUCAACAUGUCAUUGUGGACUAAUAGGGAUGCCAAAGGAAAAAUAUGAUCCUCCAGAUCCUCGCAGAAUUUACACCAUCAUGUCCGCAGAGGAGGUAGCCAAUGGGAAAAAAUCUCACUGGGCAGAGUUAGAGAUUUCAGGUAGAGUGCGGAGCUUAAGUACAUCACUCUGGUCAUUGACACACUUGACAGCACUGCACCUAAAUGACAAUAACCUUGCUCGCAUUCCACCUGAUAUUGCCAAGCUUCAUAAUCUGGUUUACCUGGAUCUGUCAUCCAAUAAACUCAGAAGUUUACCAGCAGAGCUAGGAAACAUGGUGUCUCUCAGGGAAUUGCUUUUAAAUGACAAUUAUUUACGGGUGUUGCCUUAUGAACUUGGCCGGCUCUUCCAGCUACAAACUCUAGGUUUAACAGGCAAUCCUUUAUCACAGGAUAUUAUGAGCUUAUACCAGGACCCAGAUGGAACCCGAAAGCUACUGAACUUUAUGCUUGACAAUCUUGCAGUUCAUCCAGAGCAGCUUCCUCCGAGGCCAUGGAUUACAUUAAAAGAACGAGACCAAAUUCUGCCAUCAGCAUCAUUCACGGUUAUGUGUUACAAUGUGUUAUGUGAUAAAUAUGCUACCAGGCAGCUAUAUGGCUAUUGUCCAUCCUGGGCAUUAAACUGGGAAUACAGGAAAAAGGGAAUAAUGGAAGAAAUUGUUAACUGGGACGCAGAUAUCAUUAGUCUUCAGGAAGUGGAAACAGAGCAAUACUUUACUCUCUUUCUGCCAGCAUUGAAGGAUCGUGGAUAUGAUGGAUUUUUUUCUCCAAAGUCACGUGCCAAAAUCAUGUCUGAGCAGGAAAGAAAGCAUGUGGAUGGUUGUGCAAUAUUCUUCAAAACAGAAAAAUUUACAUUGGUGCAGAAGCAUACAGUGGAAUUCAACCAGGUAGCAAUGGCAAAUUCAGAUGGAUCCGAAGCAAUGCUAAACAGAGUAAUGACGAAAGAUAACAUUGGCGUUGCUGUGGUGUUAGAGGUUCACAAGGAGCUCUUUGGAACAGGUAUGAAGCCUAUUCAUGCUGCAGACAAACAGCUGCUUAUAGUGGCAAAUGCCCACAUGCAUUGGGACCCAGAGUAUUCUGAUGUGAAACUUAUUCAGACCAUGAUGUUUGUCUCAGAGGUUAAAAACAUUCUGGAGAAAGCCUCAAGUAGGCCUGGCAGCCCAACUGCAGAUCCCAAUUCCAUCCCGCUGGUGCUAUGUGCAGAUCUUAACUCAUUGCCAGAUUCAGGUGUUGUGGAAUAUUUAAGCAAUGGUGGAGUAGCUGACAACCAUAAAGACUUCAAGGAACUAAGGUACAAUGAGUGUCUUAUGAACUUCAGCUGUAGUGGAAAGAAUGGAAGCUCAGAAGGGAGAAUCACACAUGGCUUCCAACUUAAGAGCGCCUAUGAAAAUAACUUGAUGCCUUAUACCAAUUACACCUUUGAUUUCAAAGGUGUGAUUGACUACAUUUUCUAUUCCAAGACUCAUAUGAACGUGCUUGGUGUCCUGGGGCCUUUAGAUCCUCAAUGGCUGGUUGAGAACAACAUCACUGGGUGUCCACACCCUCACAUCCCUUCAGACCACUUCUCACUGUUAACACAACUUGAACUCCACCCUCCACUCCUGCCUCUUGUCAAUGGUGUUCACUUGCCUAAUCGGAGGUAGUGGAGUACAGCCCCCCAGAGACGGGGAUCUGUCGCUAUGGACCUGUACAGUUGUAAAUCAAAGUAUGUAGGAGUGAAGUAUGGCCAUCUUUAACGCUGCUUCUUCAGGUUCCUUUCACUAUGUGUUUGCUAUAAGACUUUGUAUAUUUUUGUGCAUACUGAUAUCAUUUGGCACUAGGGCUGGAACCAAAGUAUUACUGUCUGUCUCUAUCUAUCCAAAAGCUUAAUACACUUUAAAAUUGGAUUUAUUUUCCUAUUAUAUUAGGAACCAACAUUCACAAUUGAUAAAUCAUUAAUUUGAUACCCCAUACCAGUGUUGUUCUCUAAAAACAAAUACAUUCUUUAGAAUGUUUUCAAAUAAGCCAAUCAUUUUUGUAAAAGGUGAUUU